AUGGGCAGCAAGGAAGAUGUGGGCAAGGGGUGUCCGGCGGCGGGCGGCGUCUCCAGCUUCACCAUUCAGUCCAUCCUGGGCGGGGGUCCCUCGGACGCGCCACGGGACCCCUCCGGCUGGCCGGCCAGGAAGCGCAGCCUGUCCGUGUCCUCGGAGGAGGAGGAGCCGGACGACGGCUGGAAAGCGCCCGUCUGCUUCUGCCCAGACCCGCACGGCCCCAAGGAACCGGGCCCCAAGCACCACCCCCCCAUCCCCUUUCCUUGCCUGGGUACCCCCAAGGGCGUCGGCGGCGGCGGCGGCGGCGCGGGGCCGGCGAGCUCGGAGCGCACGCCGUUCCUCUCGCCCGCGCACCCGGACUUUAAGGAGGAGAAGGAGCGGCUGCUGCCCGCGGGCUCGCCUUCGCCGGGACCCGAGCGGCCGCGGGACGGCGGCGCCGAGCGGCAGGCGGGCGCGGCCAAGAAGAAGACGCGCACGGUCUUCUCCCGCAGCCAGGUGUACCAGCUCGAGUCCACCUUCGACAUGAAGCGCUACCUGAGCAGCUCGGAGCGCGCCUGCCUGGCCUCCAGCCUGCAGCUCACCGAGACGCAGGUCAAGACUUGGUUCCAGAACCGCCGCAACAAGUGGAAGCGGCAGCUGUCGGCCGAGCUGGAGGCGGCCAACAUCGCGCACGCCUCGGCGCAGACUCUCGUGGGCAUGCCGCUCGUGUUCCGGGACAGCUCGCUCCUGCGGGUGCCGGUGCCGCGCUCGCUCGCCUUCCCCGCGCCCCUCUACUACCCGGGCAGCAACCUCUCGGCCUUACCGCUCUACAACCUCUACAACAAGCUGGACUACUGA